UUGGAUACAAGUAAUCUCAAAGUGAAUAAUUCUUGGAUGGCCAAUUUUUUUCUUCAUUGACUUAUAUCAUUAAAGAUUAGUUAUCAUUGGAUUAUAGAAAAUAAUUUUGCUGAUUUAGAUGGAUUUAGGUAAAAAAAGGUGUUUAUGAUGAAUGGAUUAUACUUUGUACUUAAUGGAUGAUCUAAAACUUUCGGAUACAGGAUUUCAAAUAAUGAUGGAGUUUGAUAACUGAUCUGAAUUAUAAUGCUACAAAAACAUGGUAAUAUCUGAAGAGUGUUUAGGAUGUAAAACAAUUACAGUACAAAGGAAAACACUUAACCUAGUAAAACUUGAUCAUAGUAUCAAUGGAUGGUAGAUGAGAUGUGAAAUGUUUGUAUUUUCAGCCAUUUUUAAAUGGUUCCUAUAUACACCACAGUUGAUAUUUUAGUAGCUUUAUGAACUACUUUAUUUCACUCAAAAAGUUUAUUUGGAAAUGAAACUUUAAAAAUGGAUGUGUUACAUGUGGUAAAUAUUUACAAGAACAUGUGUUGAAUUGGAUAUGUAGUGUGAUGUUAAUAAUGACAGAGGAAGGAAAUGUAAGAGUUGAUGAAGAUGAUGAACCAUACAGGAAAAGUAGUACAGCCACCAUUAGAUCUGAAGGAACAGGAACAGUUUACUACAACAAGCAUGGUGGUAUCUUACAGUUGUAUGACAGUUCAGACAACAGUAGUCUGGAUUCACACAGAUCAUCAAUGAUGAAAGUUAGGAGACUUUCUAGCACAUUUGAUGUAACUUCCAGAUUUCCUAAGCUACAAGAAUGUGCACAUUUCCACUAUGAUUUUGUUGAACUAGGCAAAAUUAAGGUAUGUUUAUGUGAUGAGGAGCAGGAGAACUAUCGACACAAUGGAGAAGAUUAUAUGGAGAGAACAUUUCUUAUCAAAGUAUUGUCUAACCAGAAGUCUUGGAAUGUCCGUCGUACCUAUAAAAACUUUCGUCUGCUGGACAGACAAUUACAUAAAUGUAUAUUUGAUAGGAAGUUUAGUCAGCUUGGUGACCUCAGUCAGCAGGAGGAAGGAUCCAGAACAUACGAGGAGAUGGAGACAGAACUUAGUAGCUACUUACAAAGAUUUUCUAACAUUGCCAAUAGUAUGUUGAAUUGUGGUACCAUUCUAAAUUGGUUUGAGUUGGAUAACCGUGGUAACAGACUUCUUGCUAUAGAUGACUCUGGAAUAAAUACUCCAGCAAUAGCUGCAGCACAUGCUGUGAAGAGAUAUACUGCUCAGGCUGUUGAUGAAAUCUCUCUAGAGGUUGGAGAUAUAGUAUCUGUGAUAGAUAUGCCUGCUGCUGAGGAUACAAUAUGGUGGAGAGGAAAACGGGGAUUUGAGGUCGGAUUUUUUCCGAGUGAAUGUGUUGAGUUGAUUGGAGACAAAGUUCCGUCAUCAGUAGAGAACAGAAUUCCACUCAAUAGUAGGCGACCCUUGGUAAGAAAGCAUGGAAAGUUCUUGUCCUUCCUUCGAAUGUUCUUCACUACGAGACCAGCCAGGAACCAGUUGAAACAAACAGGGAUUGUAAAGGAACGGGUAUUUGGUUGUGAUCUAGGAGAACAUUUGCUGAACUCUGGACAUGAUGUGCCUUUAGUAUUAAAGAGUUGUUCAGAAGUUAUAGAAGAGCAUGGUAUAGUAGAUGGUAUAUACAGACUCUCUGGUAUCACAUCUAAUAUACAGAAACUGAGACUAGCAUUUGAUGAAGAUAGAGUUCCAGAUUUAAGGGCAGAUAUUUAUUUACAAGAUAUACACAGUAUUAGUUCGUUACUUAAGAUGUAUUUUCGAGAAUUGCCAAAUCCUUUGUUAACCUAUCAGCUUUAUGAUAAAUUUGCAGAAGCAGUUAGAGAUGAAGAUAAUAAGUUAUGGAAGAUCCAUGAUGUUGUACAACAGUUACCUCCCCCUCAUUACAGAACUUUGGAGUAUUUAAUGAGACAUUUAGCAAAAGUUUCCACAAAUGGAAAUGACACUGGCAUGCAUUCCAAAAAUUUAGCCAUAGUAUGGGCACCUAAUCUUCUCAGGUCUAAAGAACUGGAAUCAGGUGGAGGGGCAGCAGCUUUACAAGGUGUGGGGAUCCAGGCCGUUGUUACAGAAUGUCUCAUUGUUUAUGCUGAUCUCAUAUUUAGUGAUAAAUUGCCAUCUUAUAGUUCUCCAGAGUUUACACAGUCUCGAAAAAAACCAAGACCAAAGUCAUUAGCCAUUUCUACACCAACAAAACUUAUUACAUUAGAGGAAGCAAGGGAGAGAGCUUUGUCUGCAAGUCUCCGUCCUGCGCCACACAAGUAUAUAAAUGUAGGCGGUGGUCCAGAAAAACUUCCAUCGAAGUAUCACACAGUUAUAGACCUUCCUGGAUACAAGAAAAGAAUGCCUCUUAGAGACAAUACUACUUCAAACUUGAAGGGUAAAAAGUCACCAGGGAGUUGGCGGUCCAUUUUCACAAGAUCAUCAGGGAGAGGAAGUAUCAAACAAAAAGGAGGUAAAGAAGAUGUAUUAAUGGACCUGGAAAGGAAAGCCAUCACUGAGGAAGAUGUCCAUAACUGGAAGCGAAGACGAUUACGUGUAGCUAAAAGUGCUGAGUCUCUGAUCAAUCUACCAAACAGAGAUCAUAGACUUUCACGUCACUUUGAUGAUUUUCCUAGAAUUAAUUCUUGUUCAGAUGAAGAAAUGUCUCCAAGGACCAAACACAAAAGAUCUGCUUCCACAGAGUCACCUAGAUGUUUAAUGAAUGAUGAAUAUCCUAGCUUUAUAGAACCUGGAUCAAGAGAAGUCCCAAUUGAUGUAGAAAUGAUUGAUGAUUCAAGUUCAUCAAUUGAUAGUGGUAUGGAGGCUAGAAAAGAACGGAAAACAGAAAGGAAACAAUCAUUUGUACGAGGAGAGGAAAAAAGAAAACCAACUCACCGUAGAACUCCAUCAGGAUCUUCUACACCAAGAAAAGAAAGAGAAAUGCCACCACCCAAGGAAAAAAAGGUGGUAACGAAACCUAUUGCCCAAAGUGAAAAAUUACGUCGAAAAAAUGAAAGUAAUUUUGAAAAGGAAAAUCGUGAGAAAUUAGUGCAAAAAGUGGCAAAAAGUUUAAAAAAUGAAGAAACAAAAGUGAUUGGAUCACGAAGUAGAUUGGAAUCAAUAGGAGACAAAGAAAAGUUUGUCCUUCAUGUUGAAGAUGCAACUGUUUUUAAUUCAACAAGUCCAAAAAGUUCAGACAAUAAGCAGCGUUCUUCUGAGGAAAGGAAACUUCCGUUAUCCCCUAGUGCGGAAAAACUUAAAGAAACAGCAUCAUCUAAAGUUAAACAUUCGACAAAGCAUGAAAAAGGGGGAAAUAAAAAAGAUAUUCAGUCUAUAGGUAAUCUUCCAGAAAGUCCUGGAGCCAAACGUAAAAAUUGGAUGAACACUUCACCUGCCACAUCACCUGAUGAAUCACCAUCAGGAUUUUAUUCACCACACAAAUCUGAUUUUUCUGAAUUGCUUUCAGAUGAUGAGAAAUCAAAACAUGCCAAAGAGUCACUGCCAAAGUUUCCCAAUCUUCAGGACAAUUUGAAUGACACAGGACAUACACGGUCAGAUGUUUCUCCUGGUGGUUAUGAUAAUCUAGAUUCACCAUUUUCUUCAUCGGAUUUUCAACAUUUUGAGUCAAGGACCACAUCAACAUCCAAAUCUGUAGUUUAUAAGCAGCAAUCUUAUGAGGAGGAGGAGUAUGAUAAUAUUCAUCCCCAGCCAAAUUCUGUAUCACCGCCAUUCUCAUCCAAAAUGUCAAAAUGUCUCAGUGUACCGUCAGACAUUCAAAAAUCUCUAGAAAAUUUGACUUCAGGAAGUCAGACUGAUUUAUUAUCAUCAGUGACAAUAAGUGAACUGUCAACAUCAGUGGAAAGCUUCAGUGUAAGUCAAAGUGAUGAUACAGCUAAAGUGCAAAAGAAAGGUCGUAGAAGUGCUUCAUUGGACAGUUUAAAUGAUACUGAAUCCCCUUUGACACGAACGUUGAAGGAAAUAAAUGCUCAGAUUGAUAAAGCUUUUAAAAAUGAAUCUGACAAAGGAAAAUUGAAAAAAGAAAAUGUAGAACAAGGAUCAAUGAAUGAAACAUUUGAUUUCUCUUCAAGUUCUGUCGAUACAAUUAAACGUCAGUCUAGUAGUAGUGAUAAUCUUGAAUCUCAUGUCUACACAGAUAGACCUGGAGCAGAAAUUCAGGUUGUUGAAACACCACAGCUAGUCAGAAAGGCUGUAAGACCAACACAUAUUGCACAAACAAAACUUGAAACUAAUAUUGAUGGUGACUUAUUAAUUGAACAUUCUAAAGAAGCAUCAAUUGGUAUUCAUCAAACAAGGACAGAAGCUUCAGAAAAGGUCCACUUUGGCCUAUCUGAAGAAGAUAUGAUUAAUUUUGAAAGUUACAAAGCUGAAACUGGACAUAAAAUAGACAUGUCUGAAGAGGAUUUUGAAUUUUUCACUAAACAGGCACGAUCUAAUCAAUCUUCAAAACGUCACUCGACUGCCUCUAGUUUAGCUAGUCCAAUGUCUGAUAUCAGUCCAAGUGAAUAUCGCCGGAAGAUUGUAAGUCCAUUGAGUGAAAGGACAUCAAGAUGGAAAAAUACUGAUAGGUCAGAUGGCGAACAUACAACACCUACUAACAGUCCUCCUAUUGCUCAGAGACUUAUAAAUGUUCGGAGUCCUUCUCAAGAAAAUGUCCAAUAUAGUCCCCACAGUCCAUCAGCAAUGCACAGACUAAAUAAGAUUUGUAGUCCUUUACAGGACGAAGUUUCUCAUGGUAGUCCAUCCAUUUCUCAUCGACAAAGCAAAGUAAGAACCCCAUCACAGGAAGAACUUUAUCAUGGAAGUCCUAUCACAAACAGACCAAGUAAAAUACGCACCCCAUCCCAAGAGGACUUAUCUUAUGCUAGUCCAAUAGCACACAGACCAAAUAAAAUCAGAACCACACAAGACCCUACCAGUCCUUCAUCAAGGAGAUUUGUUCAAAAUCCUAUUUACACAGGACCUGCAAACACAUCCCCAAAGAGUCCACCAGCUAAGCUUUUAUUAAAAGAUAAUUUCUCUGAUACCCAAAGACUAGAAACUGCAAUUGAUGAGACGUUAUUUCAGAAUGGGCAUUCAGAAGGGAAAGAAUCAGCAGAAAGAAAUUUUGAAAAGUUAUUAUUUCAAACAAGUCAGAUGGUUGAUGGUGAAAAUGCUGUAGUUCAAAGUCCAAGGUCACCUAGGCAGCAACCAAGAUGGGAAGAUUUAGCAGGAUUGAAUCAAGAUUUUGUGUCUGUUCUUAAAAAAGAUGGUCAGUCUCCAAAAUCUCAAAAAAUAGCAAGAAUGCCUCCUCAUGCAGCUCAUCAGCAUAGUAUUGAAAGUCCUGAUGAAGUGCCAUUUGAUAAAAAGUUGCAGGAUUUGUCAAAUUUUAAUGAACAAUGGAGAACUCAGCUAGCUCCCACAGGAGAUGUUUGUCGGUUAGGUAGCCAUGGAGAGAAAUUGAAUGAAAUACAAAAUUUAGAAACAAAAAUUGAAAUGGAAAGACCUUCUAUUCAAAAAUUGACAGAAAGAAUAAAUAAAAAUUAUGGAUUUGAAGGUGAAAGAACACUAAGAAGGUCUUCAACUAUAGCAGCAAUGGAACGUCUUGAGGAAUUUGAACCAAGAGUUCGACAACGAACUCCUGAAUGUAGUACUGAUCAACAGACUUUGACAUUGGAGAAGCCAAUGAUAAAACGUUGUCAGACUGAAUCAAAUAUACCACAGAUUAAACACUGCACUGUCGUCACUCAAGACACUUCCAGCAAUACAUCUUCAAGUACUAAUUCUGAACCAAGAAACAUUGAAUAUGAACCAACUGACUUUGGUAAAGUGCUACGAACUAAUUUUACUGACAAAUCAAAAAGUGCUAUAGACAAAAAAAGUGUUGCACAAUCUGUAACAGGGGGAGUAACUCUUCCUCCUUCCUACCCUGUAAUGGCAAGUAGCCAGACUAGUCAUAUAGGAGGUAAAAUGGAUGUACCUGCUCCUAUGGAGACUGCUAUUGAUGGACCAUACUUGAAUGACCAGCAGAUCAUGGCAGAAGUCAUGCCCUUUAAUUCUGUGAUAGAUGACAUUGAUUUUAAUGAAAGUUGUUUUGGCAUUCCAACACACCAAAAUUUGUCCAAUGAGAUGAGAGAGAAAAUUCAGGAAAGAUUAAAAGCAGAGCGUGAACAAAAUAGUGGAAACAUUCCAGAAACUUUCGAAACAAUGCAAGAUCCUUUUAGCAAUACAAGAAGUCCUCCACAAAAUGUCCACUUAAUGGAAAUAGAAACCCAUUUCUCUGCUGAUCCAUAUCAGUAUCCAGUGGCAACAGUACAUUUUCUGUCACAAGGUCCAAUCAUUCAUGCUUCACCUCAGGUCAUUCAAAAACUGGAUAAUUCUGAGGAAGCUGCUCAGAAUGCCAUAAAUGCAGAUUUAGAAUUAAGCAUGUCUCUCAAAAAAAAUCCUGACAAUCUACCGAGCCAAGGUCCAGGAAUAUUGGAAGCAGAAGUGGUGGGCGUGUCUCAUCAGUUAGUUGCACCUCAACAGGAAACCAGCCGAAAUACAGGGUUAGAAAACAUGAGACUAGUGUCUCCAUCUAGUGUACAAAUGGAAAUGAAAAAAGAAAAAUCUGACUUACCAGAACUUGCUCCUCCUAGUCCAGAAUAUAUAGAAGAAUACAGAGAUGUGGUCGUCAAACGUAAACUACCACUUCAUCCAAAAACAAAUAGUCCACCUACAGCUAUUCCAAAAUCAUUCUCAAAACCACCAUUACACAAAUCCUACAGUGUUGAUUAUUAUAAAACUGAGUGUGUGGUGAUGGACUCUUGUGAUGAAGACACAAGUGAUGAUGUUUUCGUUGAUCACAAUAAGAUUAAAAGUAAAUCUGAUAUUAAGGUUACAGUGCAGCAUAAUGUUAAACAUCAAGACCCACAUGAAUUACAGAAUAUGCCAUUGACAUUCUUAUCAGAGACUCCUAGUCGAUCAUCAUUGGACGAAUCUGCAUUAGAAAUGGCAUCAUCACGGCAUGAGGAUUUUCUUCCUGAAGAGGAAGAUGACCAGUUUACUCAGUCACAUCAAUCCACAAAACUUCAGAGUUUGAAAGAAAAAAUUGAAAAUGACAAUGCCAGUAGCAGUUCUGAAGUUACUAAUUCAAAUGUGUGUUUUAGACAUGAAAAUUAUAACAGCGAAAGAAUAAAACAGGCUAAAUUUGGAUUUACAAGUCAGAGGUCAUAUUCACAAACAGAGCAAUACUCCAGUGAUCUUUCUGAUUCUGGUAAUAAUUCAUUUUCUAGUCGUGUUUCUGGACAAUUGUGGCAAAUGCCAGGAAGUCGAAGAAGCAUUUCCACUGAUUUAGGAUAUGAGUUUCGUCCAAAGAAAAUAGAAAAAGUAACAAUAGGAAUUACAAACUUUGGUAAGCCACCUAAACAUCGCGGAAGCACCCGUGGGAGGGCUUCAAGCGAAUCAGCAAUGUCAGAAGCUGAAAUGACAAUAAGAUUUAGUAGUGCUAGAACUUCUCCGAAAACGGUUGUGGAUGGUUCACCGAAAUCAUUAAGAAAUUCCCCUAAAGUGUUACGACCUGAUGAAUUUUCAAGAGGCAAUAGAUCUCCACAGAGCCAAAGAAAUGUUGACGUAUCUCUGAGAUUUGUAAGACAGAAGUCAGAGGCAGGAUCUCCAAAGAGUGUCAGACACGUUAGCUUUAGUGAAAAUAGUGAAACAACACAUGUUACUGUUACUUCCCCAACAAUUGCUCAAAGUGAAACUGUUAUCACUAGUGAAUCACAAAAUAGAAUGAGUCAAUCUUUAACGUUACCUAUAAAUGGCUCUGAAAAUACAAGUUCACGGAAAGUCGAAAGAAGAGGAAGUAUUAAAGAAUUGAUGCAAUUUUUUGAAGAAAAAACUAGUAAAACAGAAGAAAUGCAAGAAGAGCUUCUUGCAACUUCUCAAUUAAGACAUUGUCCCAGAGUGAGAAGUGAAUCCCCAAAUUAUUGUCAAACAGAAUCUCGUAGAAAUGAAACAUUUAGACAUAGUUUAGAGAUUCCUUCAUCUAGUUCACAUUUAGAAGGUCUGGUUAGACCACAUCCAGUUAGACUUGGUCCAAAACCAUUCUAUGGUGCUAAGCAAUGAUGUUUAUUUUUCAUUAGCUCUCAUUAUUUUCUUUGAUUGUCACUUUGUUAUCAUAGCAACUGACAUCUAGUCAAUUGACAUCAUUUUAUUAAUUCCAGUUUUUUUUUUUUCUUUUUUAAGACUUUUUAAUUUUCUUUUUCUUUAUUAAACUCUUCUACAGGAAUGGCAUUUAUUUUACAGCUACUAAUUAUUCCUGCCAAAAAAUAUUUUGACUUUUUUUACUGUAUUUUUACAUACUAUUUGAUAUAUUAACUCCCUUAAAUAUUGAUGAUACAACUGUAGUUCAGUUUUGUGAAAAAGUUAUUGAAAGACAACCUGUAUAAAAAGUAUGAUCUUGAAAAGAUAUUUGAUAAUGACAAUUUGAAAUUAUGUUUGAUAUUUUUUUACUUAAAAAUAGAUUUCAUGGAUUGUAUAUGUUAUUCCAAAGAUAGACAAACUAUAUAAUGUUAUAAUGACCUCUGGGUAAAGUAACUUUUUGAAAUCAGCAAAUUACAUUAGUUCUAGAUAUUAUUCCAUAGACAAGUUGUUAUGGUGUUAGAAUUAAGUUAAUUCAAUCAGUUAUAGCCAUCACAAACGUUAGUGCUUUAAGGCAUCAUUUAUUUUUAUACAUACACAGUUGUUACUGUUAUUUUAUAUGUGUGUGUGUGUGUUAUAUUUCUAGUCAACAGCUUGUUAAGUUAGUUUUCAUAUUGAUGUGCCAUUGAUUUGUCAUAACUAAUUAACAUUGAAAACAUACAUAACAUUAAUGUAUAUAUUGUCAAAGUACAUGUAUAUUAUAAAAUAUUUAUUUCAAUAUAAACAGGGUAUAUCAAUACCUGUAUUGUUCUGUGUCCUCCCACCUUUGUUGUCAACAAUCGGUUUUAGCAGGUAGUAUUUAAAAAAAAAGUAAUCUCUGUUAAUAUUUACGAGAAAAAAAAUCUUUAUUUUAAAGAAUUCCUUGUAUAGACAUGGUGAUAAAAUUCAAUUAUUUAAAAGCAAAAAAAAACAGGAUAUUCUUCCACAUUAACCAAAAAUAUGUGUUACUUUCUGAUUUUUACCAACUUUUUUAUGUAUUUUUCAUAAGAAGGUCAAAAUGAUAGUCCUUUAGAAUUUUCUAUUGUCCAAUGGCAUUUAAUUUAUAAAGAUAAAAAUGUUUUUUAAUUGUUCAGAUAAAGUUAUAAAUAGAAAAGUAAGAAAUCCUUCCCUAUUCCAGAUAAGUUGAAGACUUACAGUCAUUUAUAAUUACUGCCAUGCUUAAUUUUUAGAAUCUAUGAGAGUAAGCUUAAGGGAGUUAACUAAGUAAUUAUUUGUUAAAUUAAAAAUAAGGUUUGUCUAUGUAAGCCUGCUACUGUAGUAAAACUGUGUUGAAAUGCACUUUCAGUUCCCCUAAAAAUUGACUUUUUACAGUCUUUUUUAGUAAUGAGCAUAUUAGCUUACAUAGAUUUGGUUAACACAUACAAAUAAAUAUACAAUAUUAGGUCAACGUCAGAAAAUUAUCAACUUUUUUGUAUGAGGCUCAUUAGGGGGAAAAUAGGACUGAUGCUAGGAAUUUACCAACAUAGUGCAGAAAGCUUUUUCUUAUUACCCAACUAACAUUAAAAACAUUGUCUUAUAAAAUAUUUUAUAACAUUUGAGCAUGCUUUUUAUUGUAAGAAUGUCAGAAAAUAUUUAUUUCAACAGCAAACCUUAGUAAACAUGCUGGUUGGUAAUUAUUAGGAUAAAUGUAAGGUCAUUUUUUUUAACAAAUUGUAUAACUCAUAUAUGUAGAAUUAAAGGCUUCCACUUUUUGCAUUUUGCAUCUAAUAAUUACUAUAAGUGUGUUGAGAAAUCUAAAAUGACCUGGUACUAGAACUAAGGAAACUUUUUACACUGAAAUUGACCUAAACUCACGAGCCAUGAAUGUUGGUAAGGAAAUAGGUGAAAAAUGAUUAUCCUCCCCAGUAGGUCUGAAGAGAUUAUGCAAUAACUUAAAGGUUCAUUCACUUUGAGAAGAGAUAAAUCUUGAAUGUAUGGAGCUUGUUAAAUGAUUUAUUUUAAUAAUCACAAGAAACCUUGGAAUUCCAUACUGCCAAUGAAAUAAAUAUGCAAAUUCCCUAAUUUUCUAAAAAAAAAAUUGUCCUAUUUAAUACUGUAUUGCAUUUUAAAAUAUUGAACAUGACCAUGAACUUAAAAAGAACUGUUGAAUUUUAAGCUUGAAGUUUCAUUCAACAAAAUUUUCAUCACAGUUACAAAAUUCCUUUUUAAAGAAUACUUUAUUAUUAUUUGUAGUAAAACUACAUGUAGUUUGGUCAUGAUGGUAAAGCAUGCAUUUCCAUGACAAUAAGAGUCAAAUUUUUAAAUAUGUCAUUUUCACAUUGCUCAGAUUUUCUUGUUAUGAUAGUAAGUAAAAUGAUAGAAUUUUUUUUUAAUCAAAACGGCUUAUUCUACUUAAGUAUGACAAUAACAGUAAUUAAAUUUUAAAUUUCACCUUACUGCCGAUUCAUUUAUUUUGUGGAAUCAAUUUUCAUGGAUUGAGGAAAAAAUGUAUUUUCAUGGAUAUUUGAUUUCGUUGUUUUGUCAAAGUCCACAUAAUGACCUAUGAAAAAUAAAUCCUUUGUUGAACAUUCAGAUACUGUAAAUUCAGAAAUUAUUGCAAAAUAAUGCGACAGGGUUAUAAUCGCAAUAAUUUAAACUUGCAUUUUGAAAUUUUUUAUAUGAAUUAAACAGGAUUUUUCUCAAUAUCGCAAAAAUUAAAAUCGCAUUUUAGUCUAAAAUGACAAAAUCGCAAUAAUAAUUGCACGCAAUAAUUUCUGAAUUUACAGUAUGUUGUUGACAUAUUCUCAAGAAAUAGAUGAAAAUUAGUAUCCCAAGAAUAUUAAUGAAUCAACAGUAGUUCUAAUAAUGAUUUUUGUUUCUCUGUUCUCGUGUUGUGUUGUUGUUAGACCAGUAAAUGUUAUGAAUGUGCCAGUGAUAUGGAAUCUUUCUGUGCAAUAUGUAUCUUUGUACAUUCUUUUAUUUAUAAGCAGUAUGAAAUUCAUCUUAAAAAUCAUAAUUACCGGUAGUUGUGAUCAUAGAUGCAGUUUCUGUGACCAAAACCAAUUAUAAUGUGAUCAUGUAUGCAGUUUGUAUGAAUGUUGUGAAUUUUUUUUAAAUAUUAACAGGUUUAUUUAAUUCAAUCUCUUAGCUGAUUAAAAGAAGUCUACUCAGUAAAACAGUUGCUAAAAACUUUUUAUAAUUACACUACAAAGGUCAUUUAUCCUUUUCAAGUGAAUUUCUAUUUGUAAUUUAGUAAGAAAUUUCUCUUGCAGGGAUUACUUAAUAUUGUCCCGUCCGAUUUUUGUUUGAGGGUUGCAGUUGUCUAGUUAACUUUUCGCUUUUUUCAGGAAAAUAGUCUAAAUGAAAAUAGAAUAGGUUUCUUAUUUGAAUUCUUCAAAAUAUUUCAAAUAGUAUAAAAUUCAAGUUGAAUAUAUGACUUGGUGAUCUAGAUAUUAUCCAAUUUUUGUGAUGCCACAUUUUUUGUAUCUGAUAAUGUAAAAUUUACUUUAGAAGCUUUAGAGUUAUCUCCCUUGUUUAAUUUCAAGAGUAUGUUAUCUUUGUCCUAUUGAAUUUCUUUUACCAAAUGUUUCUACAAUUUCUCAUUUCUAUAUUUCUGAAAAUACUUUCGCCUAGUAAUUGACAACUGCAACUUUCAAAAAGAUUGUGAUUUUGAUAAUAUUUUUGAAAUUCCUUCCAAACUGGUAUGUAAGUAAGAAUAACAUUAUCACAAUGUAAUCAAUGAUUUAUAGCAUAAUAUUUAUUUCUGUCAUAUGUUUAUAAAACAUAAUCAUUGUUUUCUGUGAAGUAAUACAUCUCAGUAAACUUUGUACUAAAGU